AUGAAACUGAUACAAUAUUUUAUACCGGACCAAAGCAAAAGAACAUCGAACAAUCCACCCCGAACGUACAAGAUUUGUCGAAAUUCCAUAAACCUGCUCGCAGUAAGUGAUGCCAAGAAUCGCUUCACCAUUGUUGAUAUUGGAGCUGAAGGAAGGCAAAGCGACGGAGGUGUUUUUGAAAACAGUGAAUUACCACAUCUACUUGAGACGAAUGCUCUUCAUAUCUCUCUACCAACACGUUUGAAUAAUACAGAUUUGGAAUUUCCGUACGUUUUGCUGGGAGAUGAGGCCUUUCCUUUGAGCACAUAUAUGAUGCGACCAUAUCCUCGUAGUGGACAACUGAAUAUUAGUAGAAAAAUUUUCAAUUAUCGCCUGAGUCAAGCAAGAAGAACAGUUGAAUGUGCUUUCGGGAUUUUGGUUGCAAGAUGGAGACUAUAUCGUCAACCUAUUAUUGCAAGCACAUCUACUGUCGUAAAAGCUGUGCAGAAAGAAGGUAUUGUAACAUACGAGAAGAAGAACGUGAAAUUUUGGCUACAAGUUACGGACUUAGACGUGCAAGUUAUACAAAUUCUUCACGAAAGUCUGCAGCAAUAA